UCAUAACAGUAGGGGUACAUUCAUAGAGGCAGUCUUCUCUUCAGAAGUUGCUGAGCCAAGGGCCUGCAUUCAACAUGAGAUAAAUCACAAAAUUGACGGUUUCAGUUGAUUCAAAGGACUUGAAUGGUAGGCAAGAAUGUCAGAUCCUUCUCUGUCAGAUGAUAAUAUAAGCCAAGCUAUGGCGGAACUACCAGAUGCCUUUGAUUUCUGCUUGCGUGAUGAUGCCAGCUCUCUGGGCUCCGACUCUGAGGUGAAUGGCAUAGCUCCCUAUCGCAAGACGGAUCGCUAUGGCUUUAUUGGAGGAAGUGGCCUCCAUAAUGGCCAAGAUCAUCUCCCUGUUGUGCUCAUCCGACACCGUGAAACCAAAUGGCUGGAAAUGACAGCUCACUGGGAGAAAACCAUGGCACGGCGCUACAGGAAGGUGAAGCUGCUGUGCCGAAAAGGAAUCCCUUCCUCUUUACGUGCACGCUGUUGGCCUCUGUUGUGUGGAGGACAGGUCAAAAUGGAGAGGAGGCCUGGAAAGUACCAGGAAUUGCUUGAGGUACCUGGUGAUCCUCAGUGGGUGGAGACCAUCACAAAGGACAUUCACCGCCAAUUCCCUUUCCAUGAGAUGUUCCUGUCUCCUGAGGGUCCUGGACAGCAAGGGCUGUUGCAGCUGCUGAAAGCCUACACUGUCUAUCGGCCCCAAGAAGGUUAUUGUCAAGCUCAAGGACCAGUGGGUGCCCUGCUUCUCAUGCACAUGCCACCAGAGCAAGCGUUCUGGUGCCUGGUACAGAUCUGCGACCACUAUCUGCCUGGUUACUACAGCCCCCAAAUGGAGGCGCUGGUGCUAGACAGUGAAAUUUUUACUGCUCUCCUCCAUCGUGUGUGUCCAAAGGCCUUUAAGCACUUGCAGAAGCAUGGCGUGGGGCCUUUGAUGUACAUGCCUGAAUGGUUCCUGUGCCUCUUUGCCCGCACGCUGCCCUUCCCCACAGUGUUGAGAGUCUGGGAUGCCUUCCUGAGUGAAGGGGUCAAGGUGUUGUUUCGUGUUGGUCUGCUGUUAGUUUGCUUAGCCCUGGGCUCCUCUGAAAAACGACGUAGCUGUUCAGGACUGGUGGAGACACUGGAGAAGCUACGCAGCAUCCCACCCCAGUUUCUGCAAGAAGACAGCUUCAUGGCAGAGGUCCAUGAUGUGCCCAUCUCAGAGAGUGACCUGGAACGUGAAAGUAGAAUCCAACUUGGAAAACUGUGCAAAACUCAGCCUAAAUUCCAGUACAAUCCAAAACAGCGCCUUUCUGGUGCAAAGGCCAUUUUUGACGCUCAGCAACUGGAGGAUGUGCAGAACAAUAAGACAGAGAAGAAAAUUCAUGCACAUACUUUCCACAUCCCCAAAAUCAAGGUAGACCCGCCCCCAUUAUCCCCAAAGGAGCAGAAGAGGGCCUCGGAGAUGCAAGGUCAGAAAAAAGAACAGAAAAGGAAGAAACCGGACACACGGGGAAAGACUUUCCACGCCUUUGAGCAUCCCACGGGUAGAAGGGAGAGAAAGCUAGAACCAGAAGCCGCAAGGAGCAAGUCGUCUUUUUACUUGGAGGCAUGAUUCUUCUCACUCAGGGCAGAGAAGAGAUGGAACUCUGGGAGAACAAUCAUGCAGCGUUUUCUCACUGCCCUGCUUUGGUUAAUGGGUGAAUUCAGAAGCUUCGACAUAGCCUGAGUUGAAGGCAGUCCUGAAUUUCUAGGAGAUAAAUAAAUAAAAUAGGCUGGGUUUCCUAAUUUUUAGGAGCUUCCUCUUUCCGAAGCCUUCAUCUAUAACCCUGCCUGAAUUGAAAUAAGAGAUAGGCAAUCCCAUCCUACAUAUGUUUUGGGAUGUAGAUAGAGCUAUGAGUUACAGAGCAGAGGUCUCCAACUUUGGCAACUUUAAGCCUGGUGGACUUUAAUUCCCAGAAUUCUGGGAGUUGAAGUCCUCCAGGCUUAAAGUUGCCAAGGUUGGAGACCCCUGUUAUAGUGUGUGUGUGUGUGUGUAGAGAUAUGAUUUAGCUAAGUUUGCUGAAUUUCAAAGGACAGAGCAAGUGGAUUUCACUAAGUACCCUUUUUCCCAUCCCUCAGCUCGUACCCCCAGUAAUUUUGGCAUAGUCUCAGCAGGAGGAACCCCUGAUAAUUUGGAAAUAUGGCAGCUCUCAUUUAACAGCUGCCUUAGACAGAAACUUUCUGCCGUUACAAUGGUGAUGAAAAAAAUAAUUUUGCGAGAAUCUGCAGCUCUGUAAAGCAAACAAAAGUGGAAGUAAAAUUGUAAAAAUG